CUCGCGUGUGAUGUGUUUGUGUAUCCUCAGUGUUUUUUUCUCUUGAGUGUUUUAUUGAGUGUAAACAGAGUCUUGUCUCUGUGUAUUUUAGUGUUGAUGAUGAGAUGGAUGUGAUGUGCUGUAAAUCAGUAGGAACUGAUCUGUCCAUGCUGGAUAUUGAUGAUUUCAUCACAGAAAUCUCUCAGCUGAAGAAAGAGGUGGCGUUACUGGAGACAAAGCUGAGGUUAAGAGGAGAUGAAGGACUGAAGAGAGAGGACUCCGAGCUCAGUCUGACUUUACUCUGUUAUACUGAGUCAAAGCCCACAGACGCUCAGGACACUACAGUGUGUGACAGUAAUCAGGGCUUACAGGAUGAGGAAUCUACUGAUCAAACCUCCACAGAGUCUCUGGAUUCUGUCUGGAACGCUGGAGAACAGCAGCAGAUCCUGCAGACCAAACUCAACAUGUGUUCAGUCAAACUCAUGGAGAUGAGAAGAGAAACCAUAGCAGAGGAACAUCACACUGAUGGAGACAAUCAUGAUGAUGAUGAUUUUUUUCCUCCAGGUGUGAAGAGUGAUUCAUCUUUUGAUGGCGAAAUAACCUCCACAUCAAAGGAGCGAGUGACAGCACAAACUCAAUCCUGCAUCACUGAUGGAGAGACAUUGAGCUCCCAGGGACAUUUAGAGAGAAAAAACACAGAACAGAAACUUUUCACCUGCAGCAGAUGUAAGAUGACCUUUACUACCGUACAAGAAAAGAGACGUCACUCAAAUGUGCACAGAGAAAAGAAGCACUGUGAGCUGUGUAGUAAAGUUUAUAUCUCCUGUUCUGGUCUGAAACAUCACAUGCUGACACACAGCGGUGAAAGGCCUUUCCACUGCACUGAAUGUGACAUGCGUUUCAGAUCCAGGAAUGUACUCGUUACACAUAAGAGAACACAUACAGGAGAAAAACCGUACAAGUGUCCUCACUGUGAGCUGAGAUUCACCCAAAAACCUUGCUUAAAGAAACAUGUGUUUUUACACACCAAUGAAAGACCGUAUCAGUGCAGUGAAUGUGGAAAAACCUUUAGGGAUUCAGUUUGUCUAAAGACACACCAAAAAACACACUAUGAGAAACAAUAUGAAUGUUCACAUUGUGAUAAACGUUUCUGUCAUAAAUCUCAUCUGACGAGUCAUCAAAGAGUUCACACUGGAGAGAAACCUUUUCUCUGCUCUCAAUGUGGAAAGAGCUUCUCUUGUUCAAGUUCUUUAAGAGAACAUCAGAGAGUUCAUACUGGAGAAAAACCUUAUCAAUGCAAUGUUUGUGGGAAGAGUUUUACCAAACAUUACAAUUUAUCGUCACACCGGAGAACUCAUACGGGAGAAAGACCUUACAAAUGCUCUCUGUGUGAGAAGACGUUCACUCAAGCGGUUCUCCUGAGAAUCCAUCAGAGAGUUCAUACUGGAGAGAAACCUUACCGAUGCUCCAUCUGUGGAGAGAGAUUCGCUAAUGUAGGACCUUUUAAGACUCAUCAGAAGAAACAUAUUCAAAACUACCUAAACUAUGAAAAAGACUCGUCAGAACAGCAAAAAACAUUAACAUAAAACACCCUUCACAUUUUAUGGUAGAUUUUCUUCCCUUUAAAAAAAAUAAUCUUUAAUAAAAAACAUCUGUUCUAAUGUUUGUCUCCAUAUAUAUACAGUACCAGAUGAGAUUGCCAGAGGUGUCCCCCCAAGGAUCUGUGUUGGGGCCCCAAUAUCCUAACAUUCAGGAUGUUAGUGUUAAACAUUAACAAGUCUUAUAAAAAUAAAAUAACAGCCUCAUGCAAAGCAUUCUAGAAACCAGAAAUCCAACCUUUUUCUGUUUUUCCUUUAGAUUUUGGUUCCCAGAAUGCUUUGCAUGAUGCUGUUAUUUUAUUUUUAUUUUGUGAAGAUAAACCCUGUGUCUUAAUUCGUUCCCUAGCUCCCGAUGCCGUGAAUCAGUAUAUCUUGUACACAGGUUCGGGCACUGAUAAGGACCCUAGCUCACUUGACAUUGGGACACUGUUCACUUAUUUUUCUGUCACGUGGCUGCUUAAGCGCGUUGUGAUCACUCACAGCUGUUACUCAUCAACAACCGGCAAAACCAACAUCUCUGUGACUUCAUUUUAAACAGUACAACUGUUAUUUUUCUCUUACGUAUCCGUGCAUAAAAUUGGGGAAUAUAAUUACUUAAUUUGAAAUAUAUAUAUAUUUUUUUUACAAUUUUAAAUAAAUAUUAUAAUUUUAAAUAUUAAGUAGAUUGUGGUCCCUUACUGUGUAGCGAUGUGUGUUUAUAUUUAAAACUAAAACAAACGUUGUCUUUUUAAAAGUUCUGUCACAUUUCAUUAAGUUUUUUGAGAUCAAGUGAUUUUCGGAUGGCGAGCUUCAAAAAGGUCAUCAAUCGAUGCUCACUGGUUUUUGCGUUGCAUUGUGGGCAUUUUUAGGGAACGAACGUUCCAGUGCACUGGAAGGAUUUUGCGAUUGAGACAGCCCUUAAAAUGGCCGACUCCCUGAUCAGUGCCCUGACUACUGAACAAGGGAGCUGAUUGAGACAUUCCCAAAGACUUGUUAAUGUUUAAUGUUCAUUUAACUUUGAACAAACUGUUGCCUGUAAAUAACAUAAUUUUAAAUCUACUGUCUUAUUUUAUUUUUUGUAAUAAAAGCUUAGUAACCAUGUUUUUUUGUGUGUAUUGAUUACUAAUAGCAAAACCAGGAUGUAACUAUGGUUUUUAAAAAGCUUGGUUGUCAAAACCAUGUUUAUUUUGUGGUAACCAUGGUUUUACUACAGUAACCAUGUUUUUUGGUUUUAACGGUAAUAAUCCCAUGAUUAAUUUUUAUAAGGGGUAUAUUACUGGCUAAUAGCUGCCAGUAAUACUGUAAUUUCUACAGAAAUGUUAUAGAGGGAACAUAAUAUGUGAUGCACCUUAAUUUAUAAUGAAUGCUCUUGAUCUAUCCAUGAUGCAAAUAUAUCAUGGGGUGGUUUCCCGGACAGGGAUUAGCUUAAGACAAGACUAUAUCUCAUAAUAGACCCCUUAAAGUAACAGAUUUUUAUAGGAGUCUUCUCAUACCUGGUUUCUCUUCUUGUUUUCUCGUCUCACCCUCAUUCUCUCAGAACAAACUGUAUAUGAAAUGCUUCAUUCUACAUGCACAAAGAAUCUGGUCUUGUUUGGUAUCAUUCACUGUAGGCAUAUUAGACAACACACAUAUUAGACAGUUUACAACCAAUCACUACCAAAGUUCUAUGAUUAUAACAAUGCUUUGUUCUCUCUAAAUAUUUAAGGAAUGUUUGUAAGGGUUCAGGGGGGAUUUUCAAUAUUUAGAAAUCAACCACUG